ACAUUAAAAAAAAAAUACCAAAAGCUUUCCCCAUCCCUGAAGGUAUUUUGAGGGAGUUGGCAGCACGACCGAAGCUACUUGUUUUGGUUAAUUUGAUUUUCCGUUCUUUUACUCGGCGUCCUUUAAGCGAUUAAGUUAUGUCUGGCGAAGCUCAACGACCAAAUCCUGGCCUGGUCGUUGGCCCGCCUAACGAUCAAGCCCAAGAAUAUAAAGUGGAGAAAAUCCUCGGUAAGCGCUUUAUUAAUGGGCGUCCCCAGUACCUGGUGAAAUGGGCUGAUUUUCCGCACGAGGAUAACACCUGGGAGCCGAUGGAAAACGUCGGCAACUGCAUGCAGCUGGUCUGCGACUUCGAGGCGGAGCUCUUCAGGCGAAUGAGGAAUGCCCCAGUUAAAUCUAAGAGGGAGUUUAAUCCCAGUCCUAGAAGCAGCGGCCCAUUGACCACCGAAAAUAGCCCCAAGGGCUCUAAGGAAACACAACAACGUUCCAAGCCGGUGCAGGCAAAGAAAAAAGGUAAUAAAUCGCAAGUGUAUCGGAAAGAGAAGGAAAAUAUUAAGAAAAUGGCGGGAACAAUCCAAAGUGUUCAAAAUAGGCCUAAAACGCUGAUGCCUAGUACUACCCAAGCCCCAACUCCGAGGUCAACGGAUGUUUUCAACGACAAUCCAUCAACCGAAACGAAAACCCUGAAUAAGACUCCCAGGCAUAGCCAAAUCACUGCUCUGAAUUUGAGCGAAUCCAAUGACGAGGAAACCGUGGGCGCCACAUCUUUAAAUUACCAACGAGCUCGUCUUCCCAAACAAAAAACUCCGACGCCGCCACAACCGCGCGAGCAGCUUAUCGAAUAUCCCCAAGGGGAAGACGCACUGGUGCCCUCGAAAUAUGUGCCUCCUGUGCUGCAUCAUAAAGAAUCCCAACCUUUGCAGAGUCCAAGCCAAAGUGAUGACUCGGAUGAUUGUUCUUCCACCAGUUUGUCAUCAUCCAGUGACUUGUCGUCGACAGAAUCAUCGUCCAGCUCUGUGGCAUCGAUUAAGGUCGCCCAAUCGGAACCUAAAACAACAUCGCUGGACCAGAUAAAGUUGUUGCCUAGUUCAUCCGAUGUUUCCAAAGCUGGUCCUGCGGCCUUUUCACUGCACGAACUAAAAAGAGAGGCUCGAAAAUGGGCGGCCGAAAAGAGGGACUCCAAAUUUUGCCCUCUGACCACAAUGACUGAGAGCGCAAGCUCCAGCAUGGGGUCAAAUACUUUGCUACAAUCCAUGGCUUUGGAUUUAACUGACAAUGAUCCCCUGGAUUUCGAAAUGGAGCGCGUGCGCGGCUGUCCUAUAAAGCAGCAGAGCAACUGGAACCUUCCCGAGCCGCUAAUGAUGCCGCCAGUGAAGCAAAUCAAAUCGAGCCAGCCAGUAAAUCGCCGCAUGAGCCAAGCUGGGGCCAAAAAGGAGGCGGCUAAGCAUCGCGUUGGCCAGCAGCAUUCGAUAACGACUCACGCACCCAAGUUAGAUGUCAAGAAGAAGGCGAAGACAUUGCCAGGCGGCAAGCGUGGAAGAACUAGCCAAGAUUGGAGAAUGCCGGAACGCAAGGCACCCUUUGGAUUGGAUCGCGGACUGGAGCUGGAUACAGUCCACCACAGCUACCAGGUGGGAGAGCAUCUCUUCCUGUUUGUCUCGUGGAAGGGCUGCUUGGCUAUCGAUGCAGUUCCUCUGAAAGACCUUAAGGAAGCGUAUCCAUUGCAGAUAAUUAAGUACUUCCAGAGCUUGAAGAUCGCUGUGCACAAGUAAAGAUGUCUAGUACCUGGUUUGUACAGCGCUUUGACCAGAAAGCAAAAUUCACACCACACAACAAAAGCAACUCCAAGUUCAAGGUCAUUGUAUCCAAACUGGGUGAACUCCAACUGACCCAUUAAAUUUAACUAUUCUUUUUUACUUCAUAUUUAGUUUUAAGCCAGACA